AUGAGUGGGUACGAUAGAGCAUUGAGUAUAUUUUCGCCAGAUGGCCACAUCUUCCAGGUCGAGUACGCAGCGGAGGCCGUCAAGAGGGGUACGUGCGCUGUGGGCAUAAAGGGUAAGCAGUGUGUGGUCCUGGGCUGCGAAAGGAGGUCGACUUUGAAACUGCAGGACACGAGGAUCACGCCAUCCAAGAUAUCUAGGAUUGACAACCACGUCGUGCUGUCGUUCUCCGGUCUGAACGCAGACUCGCGGAUCCUGAUCGAAAAGGCAAGAGUGGAGGCGCAAAGUCACAGGUUGACGCUCGAAGACCCGGUUACGAUCGAGUACCUGACGAGGUACGUGGCCGGAGUGCAACAGAGGUAUACGCAGUCCGGAGGUGUCAGGCCAUUCGGUGUGUCGACGUUGAUCGCCGGUUUCGACCCACGAGACUCGACGCCAAAGCUGUACCAGACAGAACCCAGCGGCAUAUACUCUGCCUGGACGGCGCAGACGAUCGGGAGAAACUCGAAAACCGUUCGAGAAUUCCUGGAGAAAAACUAUAACAGAGACGAUCCCCCGGCGUCUGUAAAUGAUUGUGUCAAAUUGACGAUAAAGUCGCUGCUAGAAGUUGUCCAGACGGGUGCCAAAAACAUAGAAAUCACAGUGGUCGAGCCAGAUUCAAAGAUUGCCACUUUGAGUUCUCAAGAGAUUGGCAAGUUUGUCGAGGAAAUAGAACGGGAAAAACAACAGAGCCAGGAGGAGCACGAGAAGAAGAAGAAAUCCGCAUCCACACCAGCAGCACCAACGCCAGCUACAGCGGCACUAUAG